UCCAAGGCCUUGGCACGAAGGGCCCGCAAGACGCGGGAGCGGAUAGGCGAUGCCGCGCGGGUGCUACCGCUCGCAGAGCACCUGCCCCGCCGGGUAGCAGCCUCUUUAAGAAACCCAGCCGCAGGCGGGCCCGCCUGACGCUCACGUGACCCGACUCAGCGCAGUCGCUCCCGGAAGUGGUCCAGCCUCCGCGGAGGGCGCGGGGUCUCCGGACGCCCCGCGGGGCUGGCAGGCCGAAGUGGGCACCGCCGGGGCCGCCUGGAGCUUGUCGCCGGGAUGGUGCAGCUGUACAACCUGCAUCCGUUCGGGUCGCAGCAGGUGGUGCCGUGCAAGCUGGAGCCCGAGCGGUUCUGUGGCGGAGGAAGCGAUGUGCUAUUCGCGGCGGCAGGAUGCAAGGUGGAGGCAUUCGCCGUAGUGGGCCAGGAACUGUGCCAGCCGAGGUGCGCCUUCUCCACGCUGGGCAGGGUGCUGCGCCUGGCCUACAGCGAGGCCGGAGACUAUUUGGUAGCAAUUGAAGAGAAAAACAAAGCUACAUUUGUACGUGCUUAUGGGAAUUGGAGAAGUAAAAGGACUGAAAACUCUCGAGUGUGUAUCCGAAUGGUUGGACAUACUGUGGAGUCACCCUUCAGCGAAACCUUCAGAGACCAGAUGUCUAUUGUUGAAAUGCCGCUUUCUGAGGCCCCCUUGUGCAUUUCUUGUUGCCCUGUGAAAGGAGACCUUCUUGUUGGCUGCACAAAUGAGUUAGUCUUAUUUAGUUUGAAGUAUCAGAUCAUUAAUGAGGAAUUCUCAGUAUUGGACUUUGAACAUUCUUUAGUUAUACACAUAGAUAAUAUCACUCCUGUUGAAGUUUCUUUUUGUGCUGGAUAUGUUGCUAUCAUGUCAGAUUUAGAAGUCUUAGUCCUGAAACUGGAGUCAGGCCCCAAAAAUGGAGAGAGUGUUAACUAUCCACGUAAGACCAACAAUCCAAUGAAACAGACAAAAGGUAUCAGUAAUGAAACUUUGCCACCUGAGUCAGAUGAUUUUGUCUUCUGCCAAAAACCCGUAGAACUUCUUGGUGAAAAAAGUGAACAGUCUGGAGUAUCUGUUAGACUGGAGUCAACAGGAUUAGCUGAAGAAAAAAUAAAAUAUUUCCAUGUUCAGCACCUGCUCUAUAAACGUUUUGCUCCUGAUAUUUCAUCCUGUGUCUUGUCUGAUGACAUCAAGUUGCAUUCACUUCAGCUGCUACCCAUUUACCAAACAAGCUCUCUUACUUCUGUUAGAAAAAAUUCAUGUCAGGAAAAAGAGUUGCUCAGUCUGUUUUGUUUUUUCUCAUUACCUCAUGUGGGCUAUCUCUACGUGGUUGUCAAAUCCGUUGAGUUAAUGUCAGUUUACCAAUAUCCUGAGAAGUCUCAACAGGCAGUGCUCACGCCACAAUUUUUGCAUGUCAUCACAAGUAACAGCCUGCAGUGUUUCACAGUGCGGUGCAGUGCAGUGGCCGCUCGGGAGGAGGACCCAUAUGUGGACACCACCGUGAAGGCUUGCCCACCUGUCAGUAUGGAUGUCUGUGCAUUAAGAAUACAGCUUUUCAUAGGCUUGAAAGCCAUCUGUCACUUUAAAAACCAUGUCAUACUUUUGACCAAGGCAGACCCUGAGGCCAGUCCAGAGAGAAGAAAGUUGCCCAAGAGACUUCCUUCUAGAAAAGGUGCCAGUGUUAAGCUCAAAACACCUCCUGUAGCUGAGGCUGGGUGGAAUUUGUAUAUUGUGAAUACUAUCUCACCAGUGCAACUGUACAGAGAAAUGGUAGACUACAGUAAUACCUACAAAAAUGCAAAAACCCAGAGCUGUAUCCACCUACUUAGCGAGGCUCAUCUGUUAGUGAGAGCUGCUCUGAUGGAUGCCAGUCAGUUGGAACCUGGAGAAAAAGCAGAGCUUCUAGAAGCAUUUAAAGAAAGCUGUGGGCACCUUGGAGACUGUUACAGCCGGCUUGACACCCAGCACUCGCACCUUGCCUUGCCAUACUAUAAGAUGUCUGGUUUGUCUAUGGCUGAAGUUUUGGCUCGAGUGGACUGGUCAGUAGAGGAUGGAUCACAGAAAUACGAAAGGGGAUUAAUCUUUUACAUUAGUCAUUCACUUUAUGAAAACCUGGAUGAAGAAUUAAGUGAAGAAUUAGCAGCAAAAGUGGCUCAGAUGUUUCAUGUGGCUGAGCCAAAGCAACUACCCCAUGUUCUCUGUAGUCCUUCUAUGAAGAAUAUUAAUCCUUUAACUGCCAUGAACUAUCUAAGGAAGCUGGAUACUUCUGGGUUUUCCUCGAUCUUAGUGACACUGACCAAAGCAUCAAUGGCUCUGAAAAUGGGAGAUCUCGACAUGCACAGAAAUGAGAUGAAAAGCCAUUCAGAGAUGAAGUUCGUAUGUGGCUUCAUUCUGGAACCUCAGCUGUUAAUUCAACACAGGAAGGGACAGAUUGUUCCAACUGAGUUUGCAUUUCACUUAAAGGAGGCUCAGCCUGGAUUGCUUGUGGCUUCAGUCCUGGGCUUACAGAAAAACAACAAAAUUGGAAUUGAAGAAGCAGAUUCCUUCUUUAAGGUGCUUUGUGAUAAGGAUGAAGAUAGGAUUCCUCAGCUCUUGGUAGACUUUUGGGAAGCUCAGCUUGUGGCAUGCCUCCCAGACGUGGUACUUCAGGAGCUCUUUUUCAAGCUGACGUCACAGUACAUCUGGAGGUUAUCUAAGAGGCAGCCCCCUGAUACCAUACCACUGCGGACAUCAGAGGAUCUGAUAAAUGCCUGUAGUCAUUAUGGCUUAAUCUCUCCAUGGGUUAAUGUCUUAAUAUCAUCCAAUUCCUUAGCUGAUCAAAAUUAUACAGAAGACCUUUCAAAAUUACAGUCUCUUAUAUGCAGUCCUUCAUUUGACAUAGCUUCCAUUAUUCCAUUCUUGGAGCCACUGUCAGAAGACACAGUUGCUGGCCUCAGUGUCCGUGUUCUGUGUCGUACACGUUUGAAAGAGUAUGAACAGUGCAUAGACACGCUCUUAGAGAGAUGCCCAGAGGCAAUCAUUCCAUAUGCUAAUUAUGAACUGAAAGAAGAGAAUCGGACUUUGUGGUGGAAAAAACUGCUGCCUGAACUUUGUCAGAGAAUAAAAUGCGGUGGAGAGAAAUACCAUCUUUACCUGUCAUCAUUAAAAGAAACAUUGUCAACUGUUGCUGUGGAACUAGAACUAAGGGAUUUCUUGAAUGUCCUCCCAGAAGAUGGCACUGUAGCAUUUUUCUUGCCAUACCUUCUUUACUGCAGUAGAAAGAAAUAACUGACUUAAAGGUAUCAUUUGAAAAAUAACACAAUACCAUAUGAGACUGAAUUUUUAAAGUUCAAUAGCAGGUAAAAUAAAGGAUUUUCAAAUUGAAUAUAUACAUAUAUUAAAAUGCUUUCAGGCAGCUUAUCUUACCAUGUAAUGGUAUUAUUAGUUUCUUAAUUUAUGACCUGAAUCCAUUUAAUUGUCCAGAAUGUAAAAAAGCUAUAAGACAUAAGAAUUUCCUCAAAUAAGGCAAAUAUUUUUAAGGUAGAGACUGGUUUUUAUUCCGAGGAACAUCAAUUCACUGUUUUGGGAGACUUGACAAUAUUUUUCAUCCCAGAAACACAAGGAAACAUUUUUUAAGUAUGUUUGAAAGAAUGUCACAGAAUUUAAUCUUCCUGAUUUUUCCAGAUUUCUCUUUUGGGUCACUUUUUAAAAAUACCAUUUUCUUUGAGAAAGAUGUUAAAGGUUUCCCACAGUAAGGGAUUCAAAUUUUAAUUUCCUGUUACAUUUAAAACUUAUGUUGUUUCUCUCUGAAUCAAAUGAAGUAGAAGUUUACAAAGCUAACUUUCUUAUGUGGCUAUUAACAUAAUUUGUUGAAUGCAUGUUUUUCAGCCAGCCUUGAUUCUGUUUUUUGUUUUGUACUUCUGCUCUUUUAGCUAGAGUGUAUGUGAAAGUAAAUAAAUAUAUCAUUGUAUUCACAA